AUGGGUUGCGGAAUGAGCACUGAAGACAAGGAGGGGAAGGCGCGGAACGAGGAGAUUGAGAACCAGCUCAAGCGCGACAAGAUGAUGCAAAGAAACGAGAUCAAGAUGCUACUGCUCGGAGCCGGAGAGUCGGGCAAGUCGACAAUUCUCAAGCAGAUGAAGCUCAUCCACGAGGGAGGCUACUCCCGUGAUGAGCGCGAAUCGUUCAAGGAGAUCAUCUACAGCAACACCGUCCAGUCGAUGCGGGUAAUUCUCGAGGCGAUGGAGUCCCUGGAGCUGCCCCUGGAGGACGCUCGUAACGAAUACCACGUGCAAACCAUCUUCAUGCAGCCCGCUCAGAUCGAGGGUGAUAGCAUCCCCCCAGAAGUCGGCAACGCCAUCGGCGCUCUCUGGCGCGACACCGGGGUUCAGGAGUGCUUCAAGCGCUCGCGCGAGUACCAGCUGAACGAUUCGGCCAAAUACUACUUCGAUUCGAUUGAGCGCAUCGCUCAGCCCGACUACCUCCCCACCGACCAGGAUGUCCUCCGCUCCCGUGUCAAGACCACCGGUAUCACCGAGACCACAUUCAUCAUUGGCGAUCUGACAUACCGCAUGUUUGACGUGGGUGGUCAGCGUUCCGAGCGUAAGAAGUGGAUUCACUGCUUCGAGAAUGUCACCACCAUUCUCUUCCUGGUCGCCAUCUCCGAGUACGACCAGCUGCUCUUCGAAGACGAGACCGUCAACCGUAUGCAAGAAGCUUUGACCCUGUUCGACUCCAUCUGCAACUCCCGCUGGUUCGUCAAGACCUCGAUUAUUCUCUUCCUCAACAAGAUCGAUCGUUUCAAGGAGAAGCUGCCCGUCAGCCCGAUGAAGAACUACUUCCCCGACUACGAGGGCGGUGCCGACUACGCCGCGGCUUGCGACUACAUCCUCAACCGCUUCGUGUCUCUCAACCAGGCCGAGCAAAAGCAGAUCUACACUCACUUCACCUGUGCCACUGACACCACCCAGAUUCGCUUCGUCAUGGCUGCUGUGAACGAUAUCAUCAUCCAAGAGAACCUCCGUCUCUGCGGUUUGAUCUAA